CUCAACAAAAACGUUCGCUGACAAAUGGCGUCUCUCCAGUGCGUCGCGCGGAGUAGCUGAUUUUCCCCGUGUAGUUGCUAGGCAUUUUCAAGGGCCAGGGGUGACCUUCACAGAGAGAGAGGAGUUUGACACCACGCUGAGUCCACCAGGCCGGUGGCCCUUGGCCCUCAGACCAGCAUGGCGCACACACAUGAACGGACACUAUUAUGCACACGGCCAAACAUGCAGACUGCAUGAGAAUGAGGCCUCUAGGUUAUGGUGCAUUUGAUGAACUCAAUCAGGAGAAUAUUCCUUCUUCAUCUGCUCGUGUUGAGUAACUAAUGCAGCGUGGACAGCAUUUAGCACGCUCUGUGCCAGGCAAGAUGACCACAGCCAGGUAUCGGCCCACCUGGGACCUGGCACUGGACCCGCUGGUCUCCUGCAAACUGUGCCUUGGAGAGUUUCCCCUGGAGCAGAUGACCACCAUCACUCAGUGUCAAUGUGUCUUCUGUACACUGUGCCUGAAGCAGUAUGUGGAACUCCUUAUCAAAGAGGGGCUCGAAACUGCUAUUAGCUGUCCAGACUCUGCCUGUCCAGAAAGAGGACACUUACUGGAAAAUGAGAUCGAGUGCAUGGUGGCUUCAGAGGUUAUGCAGAGACACAAGAAGCUACAGUUUGAAAGGGAGGUGCUUCUGGACCCGUGUCUGAUGUGGUGCCCGUCAUCGUCGUGCCAGGCAGUGUGCCAGCUGAAGGAGACUGAGGUGGCGCUGCCCCAGCUGGUGCAGUGUGCCGUGUGCACCCUGGAGUUCUGCUCUGCCUGCAAGGCUAACUGGCACCCCGGGCAGGCCUGCCCACCACCGGAGAACAACCUACCCAUCACCGCCUUCCUACCUGGAGAGACCAGCUCCUUUUACAAGAGUGACGACGAUGACUGUCCCAUCAAGCGCUGUCCCAAGUGUAAGGUGUACAUCGAGAGAGACGAGGGCUGUGCCCAGAUGAUGUGCAAGAACUGCAAACAUGCCUUCUGCUGGUACUGCCUGGAGUCACUGGACGAUGACUUCCUCCUGAUCCACUUUGACAAAGGACCCUGUCGAAACAAACUAGGCCACUCCAGGUCGUCUGUCAUCUGGCACAGAACACAGGUGGUGGGGAUCUUCGCUGGCUUUGGCCUGCUCCUGCUGGUGGCCUCUCCCUUCCUCCUCCUGGCCACACCAUUCAUCCUCUGCUGCAAGUGCAAGUGCAGCAAAGGAGAUGAUGACCCCUUUCCCACCUAAACCCCACCCCACCAACACAGGCGGGUGAAGAGUCCGCCCCCCCCUCCCCCGCCAUGGACCAUUUUUUUCCUUUUUUCCCUCUAUUGCCUCCCUCCAACCUUGGAGUGCUGCUUUAUUUAAUGGGACUUGGGCCUAGCCACUUCCCAAUCCAUCACUCCACAGUGUCAUGGUGGGAGUGGAGAAGGAGGAGUUGACCC